AUGGCGUCCUACGGCAGCGACCCCGAAGAGGAAGAAGAAGACUUCAACCCCGCGCCUGAAAUCGACGAGGAUGACGUCGCGCCAACGACCAAGGCCUCGCGCAGGCCCGUAGACGAGGACGAAGAGGACGAAGUCGAUGCGCCAAACAGGACAGGCAAUGACGACGAAGAUGAAGAGGGCGGCGGCAUAGAUCUCGACGAUGACGAUGACGAGGAAGAUGACGAAGAAGAUGAGGACGACGAGGAUGUUGUCGCCCGACCUGCCAAGCGAAGAAAGAAGGCCAAGCGCAACAUGUUCAUUGAUGUUGAAGCCGAAGUCGACGAGGAUGAGGAAGAGGAGGAGGAGGGCGACGACGAGGGUGUUGAUGAAGUCCACCCCGAUGAUCUCCUUGAGCCCACGGGCGCCGAUCUCGACGACCGCCACCACCGCGAACUUGACAUGCGCCGCGAAGUCAAUGCACAAAAGGACGUUGAGGAGCUCGCCAAGGAGUUCGACGAGAAGUACAGGCGGCGUGAGAUGCAGAGCACUCGCCGCGGUGGAGCCGGUGCCGUUCCCCUGGCCCUGCCCACAGUUGACGAUCCGUCCAUCUGGGGUUGCAAGUGCCGUCCUGGAAAAGAGCGCGAGAUCAUAAUGUCUAUUCAGAAGCGUAUCGACGAGAAGAUGCGCACAGGUCAGCCAGUCCAGGUCUACUCGGCCUUUGAGCGAGGCCCUACUGGACCCCAGUCUGGUUUCCUCUACGUUGAGGCCGACUCGAAGCAGGCUGUGGUGGAGUUGAUCGAGGGCAUACAGAACGUCUUCAUGGGCUCUGGUCAGUUCUCGAUUCCUCCAAAAGAGCGUCCAGAUCUGCUCCGUAAGAAGAAGCGUGCGCCGUUGGAGGUUGGCAAAUUCGUGCGCAUGCUGCGUCCCCCCACAUACAAAGGCGAUCUCGCAAAGGUCGUUGAGGUCUCGACUAACGGUCUUGACUGUGUCGUACAACUUGUGCCACGUCUAGACUACGGUCUGAACGAGGACAUCAACUCCGCCGCCGACAACAAGCGCAAGCGCGGCUUCUUCGGUCGACAGGUCGAGCGUCCACCUGCGAAGCUUUUCAACGAAGCCGAAGCGAAGAAGCGACACAUGAAGCAUCUCAGCAUGACAGGAUCUGGCAACCAAAGGGCAUACACAUACAAGGGCGAGGAUUACCAGAACGGCUUCCUGAUCAAGGAAGUCAAGGUCAACUGGGUCAGCACUGAAAAGGUCAACCCCAAGAUGGAGGAAUUGCAGUUCUUCGCAAUCCAAAACGCGGAUGGUACCGAGACCAUGGAUCUUUUGGCUGUCCAGGCCGCGCAGAAGGCCGCAGACUCUGGCUCCGCCUUCGCUGCAGGAGACAACGUCGAGAUUUACACCGGUGAACAGAAGGGUAUCCGCGGUACAACUGUCACUGUCAUAGGCGACAUCCUGACACUCCGUGUCAGCGAAGGCGAUCUUCGCGGAAGAAGAAUCGACGCACCCGUCAAGACGCUACGUAAACUGUUCCGCGACGGUGAUCACGUCAAGGUCAUCGGUGGCAGCAAGUAUGUCGACGAAGUUGGUCUAGUCACCAGAAUCAAGGAUGAUAAGAUCACCUUGCUUUGCGACUCCACUCAGCAGGAAAUCACGGUCUUUAGUAAAGACCUGAAGCGCGCUGCUGAUUCGGCAAACGUCGGUGCUGACUCCAACUUUGACCUCUACGACUUUGUACAGAUUGAUGCCUCAACCAUCGGUUGCGUCGUUCGUGUCGAUCGCGAAGUCCUACGAAUUGUCGAUCAACAAGGCGAUGUCCGCACACUCCUCCAUACACAGGUCUCGCAAAUCGUGGGAAGGAACAAACAUGCUGUAGCGACCGACCGCGACGGAUCCGAAAUCCGACACGAGGACGACGUCAAGGAGUAUGGAGGCGAAGGCCGUCAAGGCAAGGUUCUAUACAUCCACAGAGGCACACUUUUCGUACGGAAUCGCGAGCUCGUCGAGAACCAGGGCAUAUUCGUGGUUCGAAGCAACAACGUUGUUACCAUGGCAGCAAAGAGUGGUCGCGCUCAAGCACAGGGCCCAGAUCUUAGUGGCAUCAACCCUGCCCUGAAUGCAGGCCCGAACGGCAACGCGACUGCUAUGCCUCCACCCCGUGCCACUUUUGGCCGUGACAAGCUCAUUGGCAAAACGGUUGUCAUCCGAAAGGGUGCCUACAAGGGCCUGUUGGGCAUUGUCAAAGAUACCAUGAACGACGAAGCCCGUAUCGAGUUACACACAAAGAACAAGCAAGUCUCCGUGAAGAAGGAGCUCCUGACUAUCAAAGAUCCCAUCACUGGCGCCAGUGUCGAGAUGGGAGGCAAGUUCCCAAACCGCUCACGUGGAGGCUUCUCUGGUGGUCAGACAAGCUACGGCGGUGCAGCUGGCGGACGUACACCUGGCUGGGGCAACUCUGGUGGUGGUGGCCGUACGCCUGGCUGGGGAGGCGGCGGUGGUGGUCGCACACCCGGUUGGGGAGGUGGUGCCGCUGCUGGAGGUCGAACGCCUGGUUGGGGUGGAGAUGGCGGACGCACUGCGUAUGGCGGAGGAGACGGAUCACGGACUGCUUAUGGAGGCGGCGAUGGCUCCCGAACUGCAUAUGGCGGCGCAACUGCAUACGGAGGCGCCACAUCAUAUGGCGGAGCGACAGCCUACGGCGGCAAUGAUGGAAACCGUACCCAGUACGGUGGCUUCAACUCUGGCGGCCGCACACCUGGUUGGGGUGGAUCAUCCGGAAACACCGCUUCAAAGUCUGGUGGUCUCUCUGCUCCUACGCCUGGUGCUUACAACGCCCCAACACCUGGCGCUUACGCUGCUCCUACUCCAGGUGGCUACGGUGCUUACUCUGCGCCUACGCCUGGUGGCCCACCCAUGGAUGCUCCUACUCCUGGCAACUACGCUGCGCCUACACCUGGUGACACGUCGCGUGGUGGAUAUGGUAUUGCGGCGCCCACACCUGGCGGUUGGGAUGCUGCGACGCCGGCACCUAGUGGCGAUCCCGGCUACGAUUAG